AUGACCCGAGGGGAACUACAGAGCAGUAGUAUUUUCGGUGACUGCGUCAUCAAAUUGACUCGAGGUUUCCAGCUUUGGAAUAGUUCUAACAAAAACGAGUGUAUGUUUUUGGGCCCCAUUUUCUUAAUAUUGCUCUGUUUCAAUCUGAAUGCGUCACACUCUGCAGGCGUAGCGACGCAUCUAAGUGUUCUAUUUCGGAGCAUUCCCAAGCACCUAAUACAAUAUAAACCUUGGCUGAAAGCUGGUGCUUUUUUCCCAGACGCACUAUACAGCUGUAAACCAGACCCGAAAUGGCAAGAGUUUGCAGAAUUUACGCAUUGGCCGGAGUUUAUAUUAAUCGCCUUGGAUUAUUGGAAGGAAAAAUACGGACUUACAGGACUCAGUGAAACCCCUGACGCUUUGGCCUUACAAAGUUUCGUACUAGGCGUGUUUAACCAUCAAAUUGUCGAUGUAUCUUGGCACUCUUUGGUGGAAGGCUUCACGACUCAUGGACUAGUCAAAGUGUUUGCCGAAUUAGAAUUCGAUGGUGACAUCGAAAACGCACAUAACUUUGUGGAUGUUAUUGGUGAUCUCUACACGCUGAAUAACUGGGUUAGAGAGGACAAAGUGUCAUUUGAAAGCUGGAAAUCCUUUUCUAGAAAUGACUGGGCGCUGCCCGUGGAAGGAGACCUUAUGGCUAUUGUCGCAAAGUCAGGAUUAAAUACUGCACAAAUAUCAUACCAAGAGUUGAAUUAUUGCGUUAAAAGAGGAUUGAUUGCAGUUAACAGCGAAAUCUACAGCAUAAGAACCGGUAGGGCAGCUGUUCUCAGACGUGCUCAGAUGCAAUCCCCGAUAGCUGCCGAAUUUUUACAGGAGCAUUACAUGGGGGGAGAGUGGGAUCUGAUCUCUAUGACCAAGAAAUGCGUCCCGGUACUAAACAGUCUAUUCGAUGAUAAGAUACAUAAAGGGCAAACUGUUCUUGAACAGAUACGAUUAUGCGGGAAUUUACCUGCGGCAACUUCCCACAACGCAAUAUUUCAAAGAGGGAUCUCUUCGAAGCAACUCCAUUCCAAUGGCAGAUUCAUAUCAUCUCUGAUGCCUUUUUCUAAAUUUGGGACAGCUAUGACUAUCGGAAAAUUUUAUGAUGAUGAUGAACUUUAUCUGGCAGUGUCUUCCCCCCUAGAAGAUUCCAUGGGGAGCAUAUAUCUUAUCCCUUGGUCAGUCGUGUCUGGCUUACAGGGGGAAGAUACACAAACAAUAUUACCUGUUACCUCCAUGUUUGGAUCUACCGUGAAGAAGUAUUCUAUGGGGGGAGUGGAUUUCUUGGUCAUUUCAGAGCCUGGAGUAAACGAAAUUAAGUUUUUCAGGGGAAAGAUACUGGUUCUUUCGUUAUUCGCAGACGAGCAUUCUGAAGUAAGCCAGCUUGAAGUUGUAGCGAUAAGUGAAUCGUUGCAGUUUGAUAUGAGGGAUAUUGUGCUGUCUAGUGUUUCCUUCGGAUUUUUGGAAACAGGUGUAGUUUUCGUCAUCAAAGGAAGAGAAAUCAUAAAACUUCUUUUUAACGGACAUGUGAACCAAGUAAUUAAUAUCUUUGAUCUCAACCUAAUUGACCUCACAAAUAGCAUUACGUUGAAAGAUUAUAGUCAUUUUGGUUCAAGUGUUGCAAUUUCACCUCCAUUCAAGGAUGAUAGCUACAGCAUUUAUGUGACAGCUCAAAGUCUUGGUGCCGUUUUUGUUUACCACAUCAAUGACGAACAACAAUCUCUUUCACCCAAAUUUGUGAUAAAUAUGCAAUCCAUUUUCGAAUGGGGGCUCAGUCCCAAACCAAUACACAUUAUACCGUCGAGCUCCCAUCAAAUGUUUGGUGGGUAUAUUCAUUCAUGGGAAUACACUUCGAGAAAAUUCUUUUCCAUUUCCCAGAAGCUUCAGAAUAAAGUUUGUGUUUAUGAAGACUUAAACGGUUCCAUACGUUUCCACAUAUGUUUGAAGCUGGUUCAUAGUGUCAAUGAUGUACCCUAUAAUACAGGUUUUGGUUCUGCAGUCGCCUACAACAGUAAUAGGAAUAUAUUACUUAUCAGUUCACCAAACAGUUUCGGUGGAGACGGUGCCAUUUUCAGUAUCAAUCUAUCAGAAAUUAUUGACAGGAAGCCUCACUAUAAAACGUUACUUGUCAGCUCUAAGUAUCUGUACUACAGAAACUCUAAUGACAAUGAAGGGUUCACAAAUUUUGGAAGUUGCUUGAGUUUUGGGCCAAACGAAACGCUGCUGGUUGGUAUUCCACAGUACGGUUAUAGUUUUGAAAACCACUAUUCUUUGACUGGUGGCGUCAUCGUAAUUUAA